GAAAUGCCGUAGAUAAACGCGUUUGGACGUUACGAAGUAAUGGCCUGACAUCAGCUUGCAUCCAAAAUGGGGAGAGAAAGGAAGUGCAUCCUUUGUGAAAUGAUCUGCAACUCCAAGCAGGAGAUGGAUGAGCACAUGAGGAGUAUGCUGCACCAUCGGGAGCUGGAGAAUCUGAAAGGACGGGACUGUGGACAUGAAUGCAAGGUGUGCCAGGUAAUCGUGCUGAGCCUAACUGAUUACGCCAGCCAUAUCUCCAGCACCCUGCACAAGGAGAACGUAGAGGCCACAGAACGCAGGAAUGCCGGGAACGACCAAGACGAAGACUAUUUUGACCGAGCGCUGGUGGACUUGAUAGAGAAGAGAAAGGAGCUGAUCCGAAAAGAGGAGGAGGCUGCUGCCACCAAGCGAGCCAAAGAGGAGGCAGAGCGACUGAAGCAGCAGGAGUUCCAGCGGCGGCUGAAAGAAGCCAAGGAGCGUUUCCAGCAGGACUGUGCCUGGCGACAGAGGGGUGUCCGUGGACCCAAUCGGCAGGGAGCCUGGACUGGGAGCCAACUCUUUGGCAGCAGAGGAGCAGGUGGUGCUGCAUCAGACUCAAGACCCUGGCAGCACAGGAAGCAGGGGAAGAGUGCCACGUGGCAUGCUCAGCAGCCUCCCAACUUCCGAAACUAUGGUUCUGGAGAGUGGGCCGGUGGUAGUUUCCAGAACCAGGAGGGUUGGGGCAACAAGCAGUGGGAUCAGGGAGCUUUCCCUGGUAGUCAGAGAGGUCGACUGCCUUGGUUGAGCAAUGGAGGCAGUGCUCAUGGUGUGUAUGGCCGGAACAACAUCUCCCAGUACCAGCAGAAGAGUGGGCCCUCUAGUUUAUUCGGGUCUGUCUCUAGUUACCCGCCUCCACCCAGUUUUUUUGCUUGCGCUAUUCAUAAUCAAGGCAGUGGCCAGGGAGGCCGAUUGGAUGGGCAUCAAAAUGGGGUGGGGCAAAAUACAGAAUGUGACCGCAACAGUGGCCCAAGCACCAAGACCUUUGGUAGCAAUCCAAAGCUGGACAAAGCUUGUCGCUGGUCACCUUAUCCACCAGCCAAACUUUUUGACUCUGUACCCCAAAAGGAAUCCCACUCCAGUCCCUUGGAGAAGCGCCCUAAGGUCCCCACCCCUCAGGAACAUGAAAAGGCAUCAGAUACCAGUGCCAUCAAUAGGCAGCUCCAGCAUAAACAAAAAGUAAGACCGCUAAACUGUGAUGAGGAAAGGGGUGAUGGGAAAAACAAGAAGUCCAGAUAUAGAAGGCAGCAGGACAGCAGCAAUAGCAGAAGCAGCAGUGCUCAGGGGGAUGCCUUUGCAGCCUCCUCACCUGGUCCCUCAAAGCAGAUGGCAGAAAAGCCAGUGGAGCUCAGAAAUCAAAAGGAUUCCCUGAUGUCUGGUGUUAAAACCCCACUCUGUAAGGCCUCCAGUCAAGAACAUAAACAAUCUAAGUCAACCACAAAACAAAGUGGAAUCAGUUCUAAGAUUUCACCCAUUGGGCCACUGCAGUCAAGGCAGGAACAGCAGCUCUCAGAAAUGCUGAAGAAAGCCAAAGAGACCAUGUUAGAGAAAAGGGUCUCAGCAGAUAUCUCCAGUGACAACAGGAUGGCGCUUCACAUUGCAGAGGAACAGCAAAAGGAAUGUCUAGAGACCGGGGUUGGAGCAAACAAAGAAAACAAUUGUAGACAGGAAGAAACCAAAGUAUUUCUUCCUGACUCAAUCAAGCCUUUUUCCAGUGGCGAGGAUAGAAUGAGGCCUGUGCUGCCCUCUGCAGACAGCAGCCAGUCUCUGCAGUCAGUGCAAGUCAGUACAUCCACUGCGGAAAGCUCGGGGCCCAUGACAUCUGGCGGGGAAGAUGGGAACGAUGGAAGUAAAAGAGAGAAGGAGGGAAGUGGCUCGUUGGCCACUGAGGCCAUGGAAACGGGGCAGGGCUCAGAGAGCGACGUCUCAGGAAGUAGUGAAAUGCACACCGCCUCGGGGUCCACCGCAUCCAGCUUUUCCAAACUUGGCCUGCCCCCUGUUCUGGAGCGUGACCUCACGAAGCACAUGAGCUCCAAAAGCAAAAUGGGCAGCCGGGAGCCCAACCUGAACAUCGCCAGGCGGGUCCGGAACCUGAGUGAGUCUCGGCGGGGUGAGGCAGAGAAGGAGUCGGGGCUCAAACCAACUGUACGGCAGCUGAUCAGCUGCUCAGGGUCACGGCGCAGCGUGAACUGGGAGCAGGUGUAUCAGGAAGUCAGGAAGAAGCAGGAACAAGGAAAAGGCAUGCCCAGGUUUGGUAUAGAGAUGGUGUCAUGUGACCAGGAGGAGCAGAGCCAGGAGGAGGAUGGCAUCCACCUUCUGGAGGGCUUCCAAUGGGAGUCGCUGACAGACAACCCCACUCCGAUGACACCCCGCAAGCGCUGCUUGUCAGAGAGCAGCGUGGCCCCCGACCGCUCUGCCUCCAGUAACUCCCUGUUUGUCUGCCAGACCUCCAAGCAGACCCCGCACAGCGUGGAAUUUGGCCGGCCUGGCGCACAUAGCAGCUCGGGGCAGCAGCAGGGGUCUUUGAAGGCAGACAGCCAGCGGCAGACAGAGGGAACACCAAGAGGGAGCGUGAAGGACCUGCAGCGUUCUGAUUCUGUGCUAGGGGACAGCAGCUCCGGGACAGAGCUGUGCGACGCCCAGGGGACGGGGAAGAAGCGGAGAGCAGGCGGGGACAUUCCAAGCCCAGAGCCUGCUAGCUUGGAAAGAAAGAGCAAAAGAAGAAAAAUCAAAUCCAAAAGAGAGAAGCUCCAGGUGGACCAGCUCCUGACUGUGUCUUUGCGGGAGGAGGAGCUGAGUCGUACCCUGCAGACUGUGGACAGCAGUCUGAUCCGGGCCAGGGCUGCCCUGGAGUCUGCCUACCUGGAGGUACAGCGUCUCCUGGUGGUGAAACAGCAGAUGACUACGGAGAUGAGCGCAUUAAGAAACAAGCGCAUCGAGUUGCUCAAAGGGAUGCAAGAUGGUUUUGAAGGGGCAGCUCAACUGAACGUGAAGGAAGAAAAGAUGGACUGUGUAGCGCCUGAGCCAUGCCAGGCCUCCACAUUGUCCGUGGUCUCGGACACCGCCCUCUCCAGUAUGGACUGUGCCAACCAGCUCGACAAGUCUACUUCUCCCCGCUCCGCCACACUCCCUUUCACCCCUGUAGUGGUCAAGCAGGAGCCUCUGUCCCCCGUCUCUGUCACUGCAGAACCAGAACCAGAACCAGAGCCUGAAGAUAACCUAGCUCCCUGCGCUCACAGCACCACUCCAGAGCUGCCGAGACCUCCUAGUACCGCCUCUUAUGCAGACACUCCUGAAAACUGCCUGUCGUCUCUGCAAAGAAGGUGUGAGCUGUACCAAGCUGACAGAGAGUCCAUCCAGGAUGGCUUCCGAGAGCCUGCAGGAUCUAGAGAGAGCCUGUCAGCUUUGGGCUUAAUGAUGGAGAGGGCAGUUAAAGCCAAAAGGGACAGUAUCACCCCUUCUUCAUCUGACCUCAAACCCAACCCCUCAGCGCUGUCCCCAGCCAGCCGGCGGAGCUCCGAAGCCGGGAGCCUCGCCGAACAGACUGCCUCCCAGUCCUGCGAACUGUCCUCGGCACCUCGUGUCCUCACCGCACCUCCCUCGCCACCUGAGCUGAGAAAUGGAAGGCGUGUCAGGCGGCUGAAGAAAAGAAGGACGCUGAAGAAGACUCAGGGGGCGGAGCCUGCUGAGAGCAGUGACACUGAGUUGGAGAUGGAGGAGGUGGUGAGGCCUCGGCGUAUCCGGACACGCCGGCGACCCAGCGGGGGCUCUCAUGUCAGCACGUCCACACCACCGGCAGCUAUGGAGGGCGAGGAGGAGGAACAGGGUGUGAAUGAGGACAAGAGCCGGGGGUUAGGGGUUGAGGAGCCCCAUUGCCUGCUCUCUCUGGCUGCCCGACCCAAAGAAGAUGACUUCGAUUCCCUGUUAGAGAUGGUGGAGCUCCCACAGGUAGCCCCUAUUGAGACGGUGAAUGUUGACUCAUGGCAACCAGAGGACAAAAUGGAGGUCUCCGCAGCCUAUCAGCAGCCCCAGACGUACAGCCAAACCCCAGCCUCAGGCCCUGUACCCGACUCAUCCAGAGCAGAACCACAGAAGCUGGCCUGCAACGAGGUCACUUCCACCAGUGAUAUGGAUGUGUCACAUGCAGUCAAGCCCCACGAGAAUGACGCACAGAUGCCGCUUGCGUUGGCCAAGAUGUCCAAGCCAUCAUCAGACGCGUCUUCCGACCCCGGUGAGGACAACAUGCCCACCGAAGGGCCGUUCGAGGGUCACCAUGAGGCAGUGAACGCAAUGCAGAUCGACAAUGGACUGCUGUACACCUGCUCCGGGGACCGCACCGUCAGGGCCUUCAACUUGGUGAGUCAUAAAUGUGUGGCCGUGUUUGAGGGCCACAGCUCCAAGGUGAACUGCUUGGUGGUGUCAGCCAUGCCGGGCCUCCAGCACCGCCUCUAUUCUGGCUCCAGUGACCAGACCAUACGCUGUUACAGCCUUAAGACAGGGGAGUUUGAACAGCAGUUCUGUCUACCAGACCGGGUCCUCUGUCUCCACAGCCGCUGGAGGAUUCUGUAUGCCGGCCUUGCAAACGGCACCGUGGUCACCUUCAACCUCAAGACAAACAAGCAGCUGGAUGUGUUCGAGUGCCACGGGCCACGGGCGGUGAGCUGCCUGGCCUCGGCACAGGCAGGGGCCAGGAAGAUCCUGCUGGUGGGCUCCUUCGACAGCACCAUCAGCGUUAGGGAUGCCAAAAACGGCCUCCUGCUGCGCACCCUAAAGGGACACACCAAGACGGUUCUCUGCAUGAAGGUGGUGAACGAUCUGGUGUUCAGCGGCUCCAGUGAUCAGUUCAUCCACACGCACAACAUCUAUACUGGAGAGCUUGUGCGGAUCUACAAGGGCCACAGCCACGCCGUCACUGUGGUGGCUGUAAUGGGGAAGGUGAUGAUCACUGCCUGUCUGGACAAACUGGUCCGCGUCUACGAGCUACAGUCCCACGAAAAACUGCAGGUCUAUGGCGGGCACAAGGACAUGUUGAUGUGCAUGGCUGUCCACAAGAGCAUGAUCUACACGGGAUGUUAUGACGGCAGCGUGCAAGCAGUCAAGCUGAACCUGAUGCAGAACUACCGCUGCUGGUGGCAUGGUUGUUCCCUGAACUUUGGGCUGAUGGAGCAUCUGCAGCACCACCUGCUCAACGACCACACCAACCCCAACCUCCAGACGCUGAAGUGCCGUUGGAAAAACUGUGACGAGUUUUUCUCCUCCCGCAACUGCUCAAAGCAGGGGGUGCCCACACACAUGCAAAAGCACGCAGAGGAGGAGGCGGCUACAUCGGACCUUUGAGCCAAGGUGGCUUCUUGCCAGUUACUGCUACCCCACCUUCCUUUUACCCCUCCCAUAUUGGGGGGGCAGGGAAUUCCUGGGACCCACUUUGCAGAGCUCCCACAGAGCAACUGAAGAGGCGGGUGCCUGUUGACUCCAUCCAUUAUUUUCGGCUGUUGGAAUCCAACCAUGUCACUAGUAACGAAAGGAAGGUUGUGCUGAAGUUGUCUUUUUUGUGUUUAACGUUCUCACACACCUUCCUCUCUCGUCGUCUUUCUGACCACUGCAGUUCCUCUCUUUACACUGACCAAAAAAAAUGACAAAGAAAUACAGGACUGUUCAUUUAUAUCGUUUUUAUUUUGAACGAAGAAACUCGGGUGGUGCCGGUAUUCGAGGGACUGUUAAUGCUUCCUGCCGAAACAGCCGCAAGAGCAAUACUGCCCCCAUUUAUAAACGACCGGUUGGCCACAAUGG